GAUUCUCGCGUGGCUAGGCUGGUCUUCAUAGCAGAAGCUGAAGCCAGACGGCGUCAACAGGUCGUUCGUCAAAGCAACAAGCCUUUUGAUAGCAUGGAAUGACACCUAGUGACCGCUAAUGCAGUUUCUGGUAUUUAUGAACACGAUUGUUGAGAGUGGCAGCUGUUCAGAGACUCUUACCACUAGCCAGUUACGAGCCGCCCUGCGCGAAGCGGCUUCUAGAGUAACGUCCCGGAUUUUAAGCAUUCGUAGGUUUACUGUAUCGACGUGCUACCUCUGCCUCCUAGAAGCUCUACAUUCUCCUAGUAGCUCUGGUCGCCGCUGAAGACGCGAGCGUCGAGGCUUAGAGCUUUUACGUGAAAGGCGUGGAGGCGUGAAGGCAUCAAGGCGUGACGUGAAGACAUUAAGGCGCGAAGGCAUUAAGGCGUUAAGACGUGAAGGGCGAUACGGCAUGGGCAACUGCUGUGUAACCCCGCAGCCGCAGCAGCAGCCGCAGCCACCCGGGUGGUCCCGUGGCGUCUCUGGUGGCCAACCUGCACUCCCACCAGCCGAACCAUACCCUGCAAGCGCCACCAUCCCCGAGGGUUCGUCGCUGCGCCAGUUCACCACGGACGAGCUGGUGGCAGCCACGAAUGACUUCUCCCGCGUUAUCGGGGAGGGUGGCUUCGGCCGCGUGUACCACGGACGGCUCAUUCACCCCCCGGGGCCGGAGGGGCGCGAGUUGGAGGUGGCGGUGAAGGUGAUGGCAGCCGAACACAUCACAGGCGGCGUCUCCAGCUUCCAGGUGGAGGUGGCGUCAAUGACGGCCAUGCGGCACCCCAACGUGCUGCAGCUGCUGGGCUUCGUCUGUGACUCGCCCUCUCCCGUGCUCGUCUACGAGUACAUCCCACGGGGCGACUGCACUGAGUUCCUUAAAGCAUCGAGCAAGGGCGAGGUGCACUUCCCCUGGCGUGCACGCAUGAUCGUGGCUCUGGGCUGUGCGGAGGCGCUAGCAGCGAUCCACGAGGCCAACUAUGUGCACCGGGAUUUCAAGGCGUCCAACGUGCUGCUCAGAGAGGAUCUGACAGCAGUGCUGGCGGAUUUCGGAUUGGCCAAGGCCGUGACAGACUGGGCGACGCAUGUGAGCACACGAGUGAUGGGCAGCAUGGGGUACAUCGACCCCAUCUACUUUCAGUCCGGCCAGCUGAGCCGCAAGUCCGACACCUAUGCCUUUGGCGUCUUCCUCCUCGAGCUGGUCUCGGGGCGCCUUGCUUUAGAGGAGCAGUUUCAGGAGCUGCGGAGGCUGGUGGUGGCCAAGACGUUUCCGGACCCGGACCUGGUGGUGGACCAGCGGAUACAGGGCGAGUGGAGCAAGAAGCACGUGUACAUCACGUUCACACUCAUCCGAUUCGCUAUAAGCUUUGAUUGGGAGCACCGCCCGAGCAUGUCUGUGAUGCGCGAUAAGAUGAAGACGAUUGUCGAUGAGAUAGCAUGAAGGGAAGGGUGCGUGUAGGGAGGAUAUGGUUUGAGGUACAUAGUUCUGGCAAGAGUAUGAUUGUGAUUAAGAUACGGUAGAUAUGCAAUGCAGCGUGAGAGCGUUUACUGACGAUGCUUAUUUCUGCUUGAGAGCAUCGGGUGUAGGGUAGUCUAGUCAGAUGCAGGUUUCAAAGAAUUUAGAGUUUAGGGUGAAGUGGUCGCAGCAAACAUAUUGUCCAUCUUUUCCUAGGAAAAAAUCACCCCAUCACCUGUUGCGGCAUCCCCCCUCCUUCCCCAUUCCACAUCCUAAAAUGCCUUGCUGUGCUUUCCUGUAGUGAAGGGGAGUCUACCCGCAAUUAUCGUCACUGUUGUCAGUGUUCUGCAACAUGCAAUGGAAUUGUUGGAAAUAUCUCGAGGACUUGAGCGUUUCUGAAGUAUAACACUACACUCGAGGAAAGUCGUAACCAGGCCCCCAAAUUGCAGACUUUUUACUCUGAUUCAGACUUUUUUCAGAGUUUUUUUGGGGGUGUACUCUGAUUCCAAAGACUU